GCAAGGUGCCUUUAUAAAAAAUUCACUUCUCCUCUUCUCAAUUCUCACCUAAUCAACCUUCUCUCUCGUCAAAAACCAGACCUUGCUAGAACAACAACCCGUUCAGUUCUGUUCUUCGUUCUCCUCCACACGAGCACAAACACAGAGAGAGAGAUGGAGAACAGUUUAUACGAUGAACUACUGCAAGAAAUCUUCCAGAAACUUCCCUCAUCAUCCUCGUCCUCCGUCUCCCUCGUCUGCAAGCGGUGGCUCCGCCUCCACCGUUCCUCCACAACCUCCCUCUCUCUCCGCCUCACAACCCCUCACUUCUCUCUCAUCCCUUCUCUCUCCUCCUUCCUCUCCCACCACCCUUUCCUCUCCUCCCUCUCUCUCUCCCUCUCCCCACCCCUCUUCUCUCUCUCCCCACACCUCCUCUCGCUCAUCAUCUCUCCCUUUUCCAACCUCCUCUCGCUCUCUCUCACCCCCGCACCCGUUUCUCUCUCCUCCCUACUCUCUCUCUCCGCCUCCUGCCCCCGCUUAAAUUCCCUCCGCAUCACCCUCCCGAGACCUGUUUUUCUCAACUGGCUCCUCUCCUUCCCCUGCCUCAAGGAAUUGUCAAUUACUUUCUCUUCUGAUGAUGAAGAAAGUCAUGAUUUUGAUUCCGAUUCUGAUUUUGAAUUGGGGUUGGGGUUGGAGAGUAUUUGUUUGGUGGGGAUUCGCAGCGACGAUUGGGGUGUGGGUUGGUUAUGGAGAAGAUGUAGAAAGCUUAAGAAACUAAGGCUUCAGAGUUGCCAGGGGAUAGGAGGGUCUUAUUCGUCUUUUCUCAAGUCCUUGCAAGGUCUCGAGGAAAUUGAGCUGAGAACUUGCAGGACUGUGGUUUAUGCUGUUCUCUUAGAACUUGUGGAGCAUUGUACCUCCUUGAGUUCCCUCUUAGUUCAUGAUGGUGGAAGCAAAGAGGGAUUACUCCAGUUCUUUACUCAGUGUAGGUGUAAUGUACGAAAAAUCGAUCUUCGUUUGCCUCUAGACCUCAACAACCACCAUCUCUCAGAGAUGGCGAGGAAUUUCGAGGGGCUAACGAGCGUUAGGCUUCAGAGCUGUUGCCUCGUUAGCGGCGAGGGCUUGAAGGCCCUCGCCGCAGCGUUGAAAGGCCUGGAAGAAUUGGCGCUUGUUAACUGUGACGUGGUUGAAACAGAACCGGGUCUGCUUGCCACAUUGGGGCAGCAUUUGAGGAAAUUGAAGAUGCUCGACUUGUCGCACAACGAAAUGCUGCACGACAAGGAGUUCGUUUCGAUGACGGUUUCGUGCGUUCAUUUGAUUGACUUGAAGGUGAGAGGAUGCAAGGGGCUCACCAGUUUUGCCAUGGCUUCCAUUCUCAGGAGCUGCAAGCAGCUCCAGAAUGUGGAUGUUGUCAACUGCUCCGGGAUUCACUCUGAGGCUGUUGAGUUGUUUGUUAAGAAUUGUUGUCGUUUGAGAAGAAUGGAGGUUGAGGGGAGCAAGCUCUCUGAUGCUGCGAAAAUGUGGGCGGCGAGUAAGUUUAUUGAAGUUGUUGUUGUGUAGUUGGAAUGGAUGGUGAAUGAAGCAAGUGUAUAUUUUCUCUCUAGUUUUGAAUAAACACGUAUACUUCACAGUUCGCACACCUGAUUGAUGUGUUUAUCCAUUCAUUUCUGUAUUUUAUGCUUGGAAAUCUUAUUAAAUAUAUGUAAGAAUAAAAUAUGUUUUCCUGA